GCCGAUGCCUCCAAGAACAUUUCAUGGCCAUAUCAUACCUUCAAAACAGCCAAUUUCACACCACCAGUCUUAGAGAUCGCAGGCAACAGCAGUUCAGACGGCUACUUCUUCUUUGCCCCUAAUGGUGCCACCGCAUUCCAAGUUGCGCCCAUAGUUGCAGACUCGGUUGGAGAUGUGAUCUGGAAUGGCCCGAAAUACUACAAAGCAUUCGGGUUCGCGGCCCAAGAAUACAAAGGCGAAAAAGUGCUCGUGGCUUGGAAUGGAUCGAGUUUUCAGGAACCUAUUGGACGUGGACAUGGUUAUGUGACGCUCUACAAUAAACAUUAUGAGCCCGUGGCGAAUGUCACGUUACCCGGCAACUUUCUGGAGAUGAAUGCGAGUGUCAGAUAUCCUUCCAAUAUCGACUUGCACGAGAUGCAUAUUACCGAGAAGAACACCAUGCUUGUGCUUGGAAACAACAUCACGGAAGCUGAUCUGACUUCUGUCGGUGGUCCUGUGGAUGGCUGGGUCGUGGAGGCUCAAGUCUACGAGAUCGACAUCGCCUCGAACAAUGUUCUCUUUUCGUGGAAGAGUCUGGAUCACAUAGACACUCUACCUCUGAGUGAUUCCGUCUACCCUCUCGGAACAGACGAGCAAGACGGCAAAAGCCAAGCCACUGCGUGGGGAUACUUUCACAUCAACUCCGUCGCACCGCUCGGAGACGGCUACAUCCUCAGCUCUCGAUACCUCGCCAGCGCAAUCGCGCUCUCGAGGACAGGCGAAGUCUCAUGGCGUGUCCAAGGUAUACACGGCAAUGGCUUUACGCUCGGCAAAGACGCCGACUUUCGAUACCAGCACCACAUCAGAGUCGUGUCGGCAAAUGACAGCAACGUGGUGAUACGAAUGCACGACAACCACAAUUGCCCAUUUGACAACAAUACCGUCCCGGCUUCUGGCAAAAUCCUGGACAUCGAUCUCGACAAGAAACAUGUCAAUCUCCUCGCUCAAUAUUUCAAUCACUCCGGUCCAAUUUUCCCUACAGCGCAAGGAAAUUUCCAGCGCAUGGAGAACGGGAAUUACUUCACUGGUCACGGCUGGAUCCCAGUCUUGGAGGAGUUCUCAGCAGACGGCAAAAUCCUCUCGACUAUCCAAUUCGGCAACGCAACGAAACGCCCAGGUGGCGGCUUCUUCUCCGGCGCGCGAGGCACACUUUCCUAUCGCGGCUGGAAGCAAGCAUGGAUCGGAUGUCCCAAGACCAAGCCCGCCGUUCGGGCAGAGUACAUAGGCUCUUCGACCGCACCUCGAGGCACGAGAGUCUACAUCAGCUGGAACGGAGCGACGGAAGUCGCGGCGUGGAAAAUCUCUGGAGGCAUUGAAACGAUUUCUGAGAUUGAGACUGUGCCGAGGAAAGGUUUUGAGACGGUGGUGGAGAUUGCGGAUGUUCAG